AUGGCCAUUUUUAGCGAAUACCCCCACAGCAUCACUCAGAAUGGCGACAUCACGCUCGAACUGGUCUACGAGUUUCUAUCACUUGAACAAUCUACUCAGCAUCAGAGCUCGCAGCCAGAGCUUCAUCCAGCCCUACAGCUACAGCCUCUGUAUCCGCCUAUGCUUCCUGUCUCGCCUGCGAUAUCUAUGAGCUACGGGUGGAGUCAGAACGCAGAUGUGUCUAAUAAAAUGCCCAUUGCCAUAUCAUCCACUCCGAACUCAGCAACCUCUCAGCAAGAUAGCUUUUUUGAAAACCAGCUGUGGGCGCCCACCCAAUCCUAUUCACAAAAUUGCGAGGUAUCCGCAAUGUCGUCAAAUAUCUGUAUCCCUGAAUCUAUGAGGGUCAGUGGGAACCGAAUUACUGCGGAUUUCCCACCUUCAAAUGGAAAUGCCCUUGUUUCUGCGUUCUCUCACUGCAGCCAGCAGGAGAUUUACGGCAGCGCUGCUGGCGUGCUGACCAUCGACCAGGUUCCCAAGAAGCAUCGUGCAGAAUUGCGAAAGCAUCGUAGAUAA